AUGUGCACUUACGACUACACGCCCUACACGGGCUGUGAGGGUGGCCCGCAGCAUUAUUACAUCCAAUGGGUGAAAUGCGACAUCGCAUCCGAAAAGGGCCGGUAUUGCUCGCUCGACACUUCACACAAGGUGGAACAACUGCGGAAGUUGUCUUCCAACGUUCUGUCCUGCCCUCUCCAUGGGCCUAUCGCCGUUCAGCAAUUCGUCCUCGAUUCAGCAAACCCAGAAGCAGCCGCACAGUUUGAACCAGAGGCACCAGGGAGGACUCGCGCACGCAGCACCACUCGGCGGGGCGCUGCCUCGAGGGGCAGGACGCCGAAGAGGGGCGAGUCGGAGAGAGAUGUCGAGCAAUCGACACGAAAGGAAGUGCGCAAACGGAGAUCAAGGCGGGAGAUGGUCUCGGAAUCAUCAGACUCGGAGUCAGCAGCCUCAGUCUCAUCCCGACGGAGGACUGCGGAGCGGCCGAGGAGGAGAAGCGACCGGGAACCAGCGGAGCCGCGCAGAAGGCGGGUGUCCCGUGCCAGCUCUCACAACCGAUCCACGUCGGCGGACAUUGAAUCCCCACCUCCAGUGCCCUCCUUGACGCGGUAUGGCCGGAGCGAGGUCUCAUUGCCAACGAAGAUGGAACCUGAGAUGCAGGGGGAUGACAGGUUAUCCGCUGCCGGGCACUCACUGGCUCGCCCCAAGACCUCCCUGGACAUUCCACGCGUGGCCAACACUGUUGGGCUCCCAACCAGCCCGGAUAUGCACCGCCGGGGGAGCGAUCAACGGAGGGGAAGUGAGACAGGGUCACAAUUUGGAGGCGUGGGUGAUGGCCACCCCGAGCCUGUCCCGUCGCUCAAAGACGCCAUCACUCCCACGGACAGCUCCCCGGAUCAUAACCCGGAGAUGCCGUUCAGCACACCUGGACGUCGGACUCGGAGGACGGGAUCUCGAUCGGUUCGUGACCUGAGUGUGGACCCCAUGAUGCGGCGCAUCGAUGAGCAUGUCGCUCAAGAAGGGGAUAACCAGGUGACGAACGAAGUGGCCCCCUCAGAAGCUCACACUUCCACCGCAACAUCACCCGAACCGCUGCAGGCACCAAACCGACCAUCAGCACCAACCCCAGCUCGGAUGUCCCACCACAGGCGAACGAAUUCCAAACCACAACUCAACAACCUCAAGAUCCCUCAAAACCGCGAUAAAUACCAGCGUGACGCUUACUCAGCACCCACCGCCACACCGCCUGAGACGGACAUCACGGCAGACCGGUUCCAAAGCCGCACUAUCUCUCUCCGCAACGUGGAUGUUUCCCCCGUGGCACCCCCACUAAGCCCCCGGAGUCCCCGGACAUUCUUUUCCCAUCAGAGCUCGGAAACAGCAUCCAUCCACAGCAACCGGUCCCGUCGCUAUGAGGACCAGGUCAUUGAGGCUCGCAAAUGGGCAGCCGCCCGCGAACAAGUCAUGGUCCCCAGGGCGCCUGUGGAUAUCCUGGCGCACAUGUCCAUGUCCGAGACCAGUCUCCCGCUUGCAGCAGCAGCGGCGGCAGCGGGAUCACAGAUGCCCGGUGUGGCCGGCGUCCCCCCACUGCCGGUCGGCGUUAGGGAAUCAGUAGACAGCGGGUACCUCAGCGGACACCAUACGCAGCGCAGCUGGGAAGCCGUCAGGGCAUCAGACAAUGCGACGCCGAGGAGCAUGAGGGCGGGGAGGAACACGCUGCAGAAGAUGCCUCCUCCUGUCUCUAUGCAUACGCAACAAGACCAGGCCCAAGCCCAAGCCCAAGCCAUGGGUCUCGGGCUGAUGCAGGACGCUUCGCGCCGGACGACGCCGGCACCGCUGAACUUGAACAUGGGCGCUGGUGGGGCCGGUCUCCCGCCGUGUGCUCUGCCUGUGUCGUUGGUGUCGCCUGGGUUUGCGCCCACCGAGGCGGAUUUGACUGCUGCUGGGAAGGGUGGCAAGGGGUUGUUGCAUAGGAUGGGGCUGAGGCGGAAGUUUAGCGGGUUGGUGGCGUGA